GUAACUUAUGGCUUUCAUCAUUGCCUUAACCAUUCCUACGACGUUAUGUUUAAAAAAACGUUAAACUCGUGUGUUUUCCGCAUGGACUUACGGUUAUUUUAGAGAAAUAAUUAUUACCGGUGUUUUGUUUUAAUCGAGCGGUAAAUAGUUUUAUAAAUAAUGCGGAAAAAAACGAAGACAUUACUUUUUGUAGGUUUAGCUGGGAUUGCUUUCAUAAACUUUUAUUUAUACAAUGAUCACCAAAGACUUUUUUCCAAGACACCUGAACCCAGUAGAGCAUAUUCCGUGUUGGUCAAAGACGUCGGUUUACCACGUUACAUACGGUUUGAAAGCGAGGCUAACCGGAACUUGUCGGACCCUAUCGUUAACAAAAUGCUAAAGAAGAUCGUCGAUGACGGAAUGAUUGAAUACGCUAUACCUGGCUACUUUUGGCCUGUUUCGAUGGCAAAGCUAACCCGGAUGCUGGGCGCCUUGGCACGCCAUGAGGCCACAAGACUCGAGUGGUUCCGUUGGGAGAAAACGGAGCCGAAGAAUGGGACGGACUUUCCGGCGUGGAAGCGCGUACAUUGGAACAUUCGACAAUUCUCAUACUACGACCCCGACGACCCGGCCGUCGCCCGUCUCAUGCACAACCUUGCUACACUUCCGGUGGUAAAAGCAGAGGAAAAGAACGGCGGCACACAGUUCAAGAUGGCCCUCGAGUUCGAGGACGGCGGUCAGGCCAUCGUCAAAUUCAUGAGACUUCCACGGGAGAUCGACGAGGACGAAAACCGGUACGUGUUUGACGUCAUCGAGCGGCACGUGGCGGAGAUAGCGUCUUUCCAACUGGACAAAGUUUUGGGAUUUUAUCGAAUGCCACCAACGAUAGGACGAAAGUUCAAUAUAACGUCAGAGUUGUUACCUCAUGUCGAAAAGGAUUUCCGCAAGACGUUCUAUAGGUCACCAGCGGGUAACCUGUGUUUUUUCGGGACGUGUGAGCCACGUCACUACUGCAACACGGCGCACCCGUUCUGUGGCAGCCCUGACGUCAUCGAAGCGUCCGUGAUGGCAUUCUUCCCCGAUCGGAAAUACGCGGACCGCAUCUCCCUGAAGCAGCCUUGGAAACGCUCCUACCAGCGGAACAGGAAGGCGGACUGGGAGCUAAAUGACUUCAAAUGCAUCUCUGUCAAAAAGACGCCGCCCUAUAACAACGGAAAACUUCUCCUCGAUCUCAUAGAUGUUCACACUUUCGACUUUCUAACCGGGAACAAGGACCGACACAACAUCGCUAUGUUCCGGGAAUGGGGCAACUACACCUUCCCGCUCUCUUAUGACAACGGACGAGGGUUCGGGCGGCAAGACUACGACGCCCUGUCCAUCCUCGCGCCACUCCGCCAGUGCUGCCAUAUCCGGCAUUCAACGUUUCUCAAAUACCUAAAACUCUACUUGGGACCGGAAACACUCAGCUCCAUCAUGGAGCAAGCCCUUGCGGACGACCCUGUGGCUCCCGUGCUUCUUCCUGGGCACCUGCGCGCGCUUGAUAGACGCCUGGUUACGAUCCUCCGUACGGUUGCAAACUGUAUAGAGAAAAACGGUGUAUCAGUUAUUGUUAAGGACAAAUUCUGAUAUGAGAUCUAUAUUUCUCUACCAACUUCUAUUUCUUACAUUUAUCGUAGGUUGUCAAAUAGGGGAAGCAUGUUGCUUUACAAAAACUACGAUGGCAUAGAGAUGACAUACUUAUAUUUGUUUUGUUUUUAAAAUGAAUAACGUAUCUAAUUAAAAUGACUUACGUGUCUCGUUAAAACGACUAAGUAUCUCAUUAAAACGACUAACGUUUCUCAUUAAAAUGACUUACUUUUCUCGUUAAAACGACUAAGUAUAUCGUUAAAACGACUUACGUUUCUCAUUAAAACGACUAAGUAUCUCAUCAAAACGACAUACGCUUCUCAUAAAAACGACUAAGUAUAACGUUAAAUCGACUUACGUUUCUCAUUCAAAAGAAUAAGUAACUCGUUAAAACGACUUACGUUUCCCAUUAAAACAACUAAGUAUCUCGUUAAAACGACUAAGAAUCUCAUUAAAACGACUUACGGUUCUCGUUAAAACGACUGAGGAUAACGUUAAAACGACUUACGCUUCUCAUAAAAACGACUAAGUAUAACGUUAAAUCGACUUACGUUUCUCAUUCAAACGACUAAGUAACUCGUUAAAACGACUUACGUUUCCCAUUAAAACAACUAAAUAUCUCGUUAAAACGACUAAGAAUCUCAUUAAAACGACUUACGGUUCUCAUUCAAACGACUAAGUAUUCAUUAAAUCUACUUACGUUUCUCAUUUAAACGACUAAGUAUCUCGUUAAAAUGACUUACGUUUCUCAUUUAAACGACUAAGUACCUCGUUAAAACGACUUACGUUUCUCAUUUAAACGACUAAGUAUCUCGUUAAAACGACUAACGUUUCCCAUUAAAACAACUAAGUAUCUCGUUAAAUCGACUAAGUAUCUCGUUAAAACGACUAAGUAUCUCAUUAAAUCGACUUACGUUUCUCAUUAAAACGACUAAGUAUCUCGUUAAAACGACUUACGGUUUCCAUUUAAACAACUAAGUAUCUUGUUGAAACGACUAAGUAUCUCGUUAAAACAACUAAGUUUCUCGUUAAUUCGACAAACGAUAUCGUUAAAACGACUAAGUAUCUCUUUAAAACGACUUAGGUUUCCCAUUAAAACAACAAAGUAUCUCGUUUAAUCGACUAAGUAUCUCGUUAAAACGAUUAAGUUUCUCAUUAAAUCGACUAAUGUUUCUCAUUAAAACGACUAAGUAUCUCGUUAAAAAUACUUACGUUUCCCAUUAAAACAACUAAGCAUCUCGUUAAAUCGACUAAGUAUCUGGUUAAAACGAUUAAGUUUCUCAUUAAAUCGACUAACGUUUCUCAUUAAAACGACUAAGUAUCUCGUUAAAACGACUAACGUUUAUCAUUAAAACGUCUAACCUUUCUCAUUAAAACGACUAAGUAUCUCAUCAAAACGGCUUACAUUACUCAUUAAAACGACUUACUUUUCUCGUUAAAAUGACUGAGGAUAACGUUAAAACGACUUACGCUUCUCAUAAAAACGACUAAGUAUAACGUUAAAUCGACUUACGUUUCUCAUUCAAACGACUAAGUAACUCGUUAAAACGACUUACGUUUCCCAUUAAAACAACUAAGUAUCUCGUUAAAACGACUAAGAAUCUCAUUAAAUCGACUUACGGUUCUCAUUCAAACGACUAAGUAUCUCGUUAAAUCGACUUACGUUUCUCAUUUAAACGACUAAGUAUCUCGUUAAAACGACUUACGGUUGUCAUUCAAACGACUAAGUAUCUCAUUAAAACGACUUACGUUUCCCAUUAAAACGACUAAGUAUCUUGUUAAAUCGACUUACGUUUCUCAUUUAAACGACUAAGUAUCUCGUUAAAACGACUUACGUUUCUCAUUUAAACGACUAAGUAUCUCGUUAAAACGACUUACGUUUCCCAUUAAAACAACUAAGUAUCUUGUUGAAACGACUAAGUAUCUCGUUAAAACAACUAAGUUUCUCGUUAAUUCGACAAACGAUAUCGUUAAAACGACUAAGAAUCUCAUUAAAUCGACUUACGGUUCUCAUUCAAACGACUAAGUAUCUCGUUAAAUCGACUUACGUUUCUCAUUUAAACGACUAAGUAUCUCGUUAAAACGACUUACGGUUGUCAUUCAAACGACUAAGAAUCUCAUUAAAACGACUUACGUUUCCCAUUAAAACGACUAAGUAUCUUGUUAAAUCGACUUACGUUUCUCAUUUAAACGACUAAGUAUCUCAUUAAAUCGACUUACGUUUCUCAUUAAAACGACUAAGUAUCUCGAUAAAACGACUUACGGUUUCCAUUCAAACAACUAAGUAUCUUGUUGAAACGACUAAGUAUCUCGUUAAAACAACUAAGUUUCUCGUUAAUUCGACAAACGAUAUCGUUAAAACGACUAAGUAUCUCAUUAAAACGACUUACGUUUCCCAUUAAAACAACUAAGUAUCUCGUUUAAUCGACUAAGUAUCUCGUUAAAACGAUUAAGUUUCUCAUUUAAUCGACUAAUGUUUCUCAUUAAAACGACUUAGCAUCUCGUUAAAACUACUUACGUUUUCUAUUAAAACAACUAAGCAUCUCGUUAAAUCGACUAAGUAUCUCGUUAAAACGAUUAAGUUUCUCAUUAAAACGACUAAGAAUCUCGUUAAAACGACUUACCUUUUCCAUUUAAACAACUAAGUAUCUUGUUAAAUCGACUAAGUAUCUCAUUAAAACUAUUAACGUUUCUCAUUAAAACGACUAAGUAUCUCAUAAAAUCGACUAACGUUUCUUAUUAAAACGACUUUCUUUUCUUGUUGAAACGACUAAAGAUAUCGUUAAAACGACUUACGUUUCUAACUUAAAACGACUAAGUAUAUCGUUCAAUCGACUAACGUUUCUCAUUAACACACUAAGUAUCUCGUUAAAACGACUUACGUUUCCCAUUAAAACAACUAAGUAUCUCGUUAAAUCGACGUAGUAUCUCGUUAAAACGAUUAAGUACCUCAUUAAAACGACUAUGUACCUCAUUAAAACGACUAAGUAUCUCGUUAAAUCUACUCACGUUUCUCAUUAAAACGACUUAGUAUCUUGUUAAAUCGACUAAGAAUCUCGUUAAACGACUAAAUAUCUCGUUAAAUGACUAAAAUAUCUCAUUAAAACGACUAAGUAUCUCGUUAAAUCUACUUACGUUUCCCAUUGGAACGACUAAGAAUCUCGUCAAAACGACUUACGUUCUCGUUAAAACGACUAAGUAUCUCGUUAAAUCGACUUAGUAUCUCCUUAAAACGACUGAAGUAUCUUGUUAAAACGACUAACGGUUCUCAUUAAAACCAGUAAAUAUCUCGUUUAAACAACAUAGGUGUCACGUUAUAUUAAUAUAAGCAACUUAAACAAAAAGUGUGCUUUGUUAUUAGAGGUAUUCAAAUAUCAUUAUAUGCAAGCGAAAGAUACGUAGGUCGUUUUAACGAGAUAAAAAAAAACGCGCGUGUCACUUCUUUGCGACCGUAAAUAACACAUUCAAUGAAUGUAUUUCAAAUUUUGAAAGCUGAAGCUAUUGAUAUGUCAAAAAAUAAAUUAAAUUUACAAUUGUAUUACUUAAAAUAUGCAAUCAAAAAUAAAACAUUCAAAGUA